UGGCGCGGUUGUUGAACACAAACCCGGGGCAGUUGUUGACAUGUCGCUCAUAGAAAAGCAGAGACCACACAGUCAAACUGGCGAACAGCUUAUUUUACAAGGGUUCUAAGCAGAGAGCCUUGACAAGUCAUCAAGUUAAACAUGGACAUGUUAUCCCCGCUUAUAAAGAAAAUGGGCCACUCGUUAGUGGAAAUAAGAGUUCGAGCGUUGAAGAGCAUUUUAAGUAAACUGAAGCAUUCCCUCAUCACUGUGACUGACAUUGUUCAGGAAAAGAUGCUGUUUGUUUAUCUGCUUGAAUGGUUCAAUUUCCCGGAGGUGCCAAUGAAGGAGGACGUUCUUGGGUUGCUUUUAACUUUAUCAAAGCAUCCGAGUUCAGCCCAGAUGCUGAGGGAUGUCGGGGCGGUGGACUUUCUCUCUCAGCUUUCUUCUACAGUCGAGCCCAGACUGCGAGCUGUCAUUGAUGGAACCCUGGACCAGCUGUUCCAGCUUCAUGAGCUACUCCCCAGUCAUUCAGCUGUCUACUCUCAUGGAUCAUGCAGCACAACUACAACAGCCUCAACUAUUGUUUCAGGUGACAAUAAAUUGCCUAAAAUCGGUUAUUUCCACAACAGGAUGCAGUCAAACUCAAAUGUACCACCUCAGAAGAUAGCAGUACGUGAAUCUGUGAGAUGUUUGAAAUUUUCAGUUUUUCCCUGGCUGACUUUAACAAACACGGACCGACAUAUACUUUCUUCCAAUGAGAGUUCUCUGGGAAGCAGCGAUCCUAACAUGGUGCGGACAACCUGUGAACUCCUUUGUGAUGUUAUCCUGCAGGACUUUCCAGCAGAAAUCUUCCUGCAAAGGCCUGGAAUUGUUAAGAACCUUUUACUGCUGCUCAGGCUGGGUUCAGGUAAAGGAGAGGUCGGCUACCUCCGCUCAUCUGCCCUGUCCUGCCUGCGGCAGCUUUGCGUGGGACUGCAGAGGAGGCUGCGCUUUCAUCAGGAUCCAGGUUUCUACUCAGCAAAGCAGGAUCCGCUGUCGCAGAACUCGUCGUUCUCUUACGCCCAGGAGGUUCGGGGGAACCGGCGUUCACAGGCCUCCUCUCCUGCGGCUGAGCUCUCUCCUCGGCCCUCAGUGGUGGGGCGUUCAUCCCAACGAGCCCGGGGAGACGGUCAGGACGGAGAUGCAGCCUCUAACAGCAGCUCGCACAGAGGUGGGGCAACAGUCCAGGGCCCCGAACAGACGCCCCGCUCCCCUGCUGAUGCGGCUCAGCUGCAGCUUCCGGACCUGAGCAUGGAAGAUGUACUGGAGCUUCAGUUACAGCAGCUCAACUUGGCCCAGUUUUCUGUUGCCACCAUGCAGCAUGCCAUACCACUGCUGAAGACAGACGGUUUGCAUGUGUUCCACCGUGUUCUGGAGCUGUUGUGUGAUGCUCUCCUCCUGCUCAGGGAUAGUGUUUGCGAGCUGGUCUGGGACGAUCGCAGCCUGGUGGGGAUGGAGCUGAAGGAGAAGCUGCAAGCCUGUAUGGAGCAACUUGGGGAUAUACUCUAUUUACAUCAAAACCAUUCAGCCGAUGAUCCUGACAGUUCCCAGGUUUACCACAGAAUGGCCUAUAUAGGGACUGCCAUAUUCACCAUUAAACUCCUACAGACCAUCCUCCCUCCUGAGAAGGCCAGUGAAAAUCUCCCGGAAAACACAGCAACGGCACUUUUCCACUUAAGCGUGGACUCAUCACUGGGAAGUUUAUUUCCCAGCAUGCAGGAGACGGCUGUGGCCUACUUGGAGCAAGUAAACUCAGACGGCCACAGCCUCUACAGGAGGAUGAACAGAGCUGCGCUUUGGAUGGAGUCCACUUGUAACUUCAUAAAGGAAGCACAAGCUGAUGGGGAGAAGAACUGGUUGGACCUUCUGGAACUUGCAGACCAAACCAUAGAUGGGCUUCCUUUUCAUCAGCACCUACCCAUCAUCAAGGAAUGUGUUCACAUGUGCUCUCACUUGUGGAAGUUUGAUCAGCCCAGCCCCCUCCUCCAAUCCGAGAGCCAGAAACUCUUCCUCAAGCUGCUGUCGCAUCCCUCACCGCCUGUCAAAACGGAAACAUAUGAGUGUGCUUUAAACCUGGUCAAGGACUGUCUUGGCAUCCAGAAUCUGUUGAGACAGGAAGCAGCAGCAUGCGAGGGUGUUAACUUCCUUCUCCACCGCAGGGUCCUGUAUGAAAUGAGUGCUUUUGGACUGCAAGACUCUGCAGAAAGGGUGAAUAUUGCUGCCAAGGAUAUCCUGCUCUUCCUCCUCAAGGGACGAUUAAUGAUGACAGCGCCAGCCUGGGACAGAUUCAAUGAGGCACUUUACCCGGUCAUACCCAUAUUACAGGGCUAUGCCAGCACUGAGGAGUCACUUGGAAAGGCUGUCCUGCUGAUAAGUGACAUGUCGGAUGUGACAAGAGACAACGUGUUCCCGACUACAGGCAAGCUGAAAGCGGCGCUCCGUCUCCUCUUCUCUAAACAGCCCACUGUCAGAAUAGCUGCAGUGCAACACAUCCUGCCCCACCUCACCAGCAGUGCUGAGGACAACCCCACUAGACCAGACGCAGAUCAAUCUCUGAUGACGUCCCUUCCCAACCUCUUCUGCCUCAGAAACCCUGUAGACGUCACACUGGACACCAGCUAUAAGUCCAUCCUAAAGGUGGAGGCAGUGGAGAAGCUGUUUUGCAUCCUGAGCUCAGACACUGUAGACCUCUCUAUCAGAAGAUCAGCAGCAGAGCAACUUUCUGUGGUUCUGCAAGACACAGUAGUUCACUCCGUACUGAAGAACCUAGGCAUCGCAGAGAAAGUUAUUUCUUUCAUCACAGACAGUGUAAAUGGCAACAAGAGCUUUGAUCUUCUUCUGGAGCCGUGUGCAUGCAUCUUGAGAAAGCUGGUGUACGCUGAUUCGUCUCUGAGGCACAGCCUGGCGCAAAACAACCUCCUGCUCCUCACACUUCUCAGGGCAUCGUUGAUUUUGAAGGAAAUAAAAGGCAAUGGAACCGAAACGGCCGUCCUAAUGUGUUUGCUGCUUUUUGAUGAGAUCGCCAGCAUCGAGACCUGGUCAGAGAAAUCCACCAAAGAUGCAUCUCUCUCACCAUUUUCUCUACCGGUUGCAGCAGUUAGGAGAUACAACAUUCCCUUCCAAGCAGCGACUCAUCACGCCGUCAGCCCGUACUGCUGCAUCUUGGCUCCUUCUUCUGACCUUCUCACCCUAAGCUCCAUCCGCCAAGCCUUGCAGGUGGCCUGGAAUGCUGCAUGGCAUUCUGGGAUAGAUAAUGUCCUGGAGAAAGUGCACAGUGUUGCUGGUGAUUCUCAAUUUCACCCUGACUUGAAGCUGUCGGAGUCACAGAUCUCGUCGCUCAGGGCAAUGCACCUCCCAGCUGCGCUGCAUGACUGCAUCCAAGCCAUCGUGACGGCAGAGGGACACAAAUCUGUGGCCUCUGCUCUGUCCAGGCUCAACCUCUACUUGUUGUUCAGCAGUCUGGCUCUACCUCAUGUUCCCACCCACAGCUGCAGAGACAUCCUUCAGUCCCUCAGUUGGCAGACAGUGUUGACCAGGUUUCUCCAGGUGCGUCCAGCCUGUGUUGAGGAUGAAAGGUUGCUGGUGGGAAUUGUGACAUUUUUGAAUGCCUACUUCAAACAAAUUCCCACAGAGCGUACCUCUGACCAGGAGGACCGCGACCUGCGCUGGAUACUGGAGCUGCUUCUCAACCAGGAGACUGCUGCUCUUCUUCAUUUGCUCCAUGGUGCGGAGACACAGAGCUUAGACGAUCCUGAGGAGGUAACGAAACAUGUCAGCCAGAGACUGCAGAGAGAGCUCACCAACUUCUUUAACACCCUAAUGAUCAGACUGUCAAAUACGACUGACAGGCUAUGUUUGGCAUUAGUGGGUCCCUUUAAGAGCCAGCUGGCACUGCGCUUGCUUCAGAGCUUGCGGUUGUCUGAUGCCCCGCGUUUUUAUGGCCUUCCCAGCCUGGAGAGGGCACUGCAGGGCAUGGUCAGACUCACUGCCCAGCCUGGCUGGAGCUCCCACUGCCCUGACCUGGAGCCCAGCUCCCUCUGCUCCAAAUAUCUCAGCGGAUUAUUAGAGGUGAUCUCUUCCUUUUACGUUGAGUGGAGAGGGAACUCCCUGUCCUUCAUGGGGAAAGGUGUGACCAGGAACGCCAUUAUUUGCUUGCUUCACUUGUCCCAUGAGAUGAUGACGGAGAACAAGGAUAAGGACUUCAUAACUCAGUGGUCAUUCGGGAACGAUGGAACCGCAGAGGAAGUCAGUGGCUCUCAGCUGGGUUUGGCUUGGCUUGUCCCGCUUUGGGUGGACCGAGAUCAAGAGGUGAGGUUUGCCAGUUUGAGUUUAGGCGCUGCUCUCUCCUCCAUGCCCAGUGGCUGCCAGGCUCUGUCUGCCAGCUGUCAGAACAUCAGCGGAGGUCUGUGGGGCACGCUGCUUAACAUCCUUUUGGACCAACAAGAGAGCAGCAUGGUUCGCAGAGAGGCUGCGUUUAUCUUGCAGAACUUGCUGGUGAUGCCUAUGCCUGCCAACGGAGAGGAGGCCAAGGACUCCCACUGGCAGCAGCCCUGUGUCCAUGAUGAGGUAUCCGGUGUGUCUUUGGUGGGUCUUCCAGCACUGCAGGCUCUGCUGUACCACUGUCAGUUUUUCCACAAUGUGGCUCUCUCUGCCUCAACUUGCUACCGUGGCAGGUACACAUUCAACAUGCAGCCACAGCCUUUGGAGAGCCAUAAUCCGAGUCUUCAGGAAAGCUCUUUUUCUGAUUCAGAUAAUUCUCUACUGCUUUUGAGAUGUGAGCCAGAACCUAGCAUCACCUCUGGAAGAAGUUCCAGCUCCAUUUCCACUUCAAGCACUGCAGUCAGCAACACAGCAAGUAAAGGUUCACGGCUAAACUCUCCUAAAGUUUCCUCCCCGGUGAGCAUCCCAGAUGUAACUCCUGCCAGACUGAUGGCUCAAGGUCAGAGUGACAGAGACACAAGCAACUCUACUCCCUCUCAGGACUCCCAACAAGACGAGCCCUCAGGCGCGGAAGCUGUUGUCGUGGUAACUCCUGACCUCCUGACGGCCCAGUGUGGCCUGCUGAACAAUCUGUUGGCCAUACUACCAGAUUUCACCCUCACUGCCAUCCAACAAAACCAGCUACUGCAGGUUCUGAGCAGUUUAGUAGAUAUCGAGCUCAUGGAAAAAUGUCUGACUGAGCUGAAGACACCCAGCAUCCUUCCUGGAACCAGAGAAGACAUCAAGCGUCAGUUUGUCACUGCACUUCAGUUCCUAUCAAGCUUUUCCAAACUGCUGCGAUCUUGUGUCACGGAGAGCAAAGAGCUGAAUGGCCAGACGGACUUCCUGAGGAGGCUGUCGUCUAAUCUUGUGGCUGUUCUCAUGCUGGACAUGAAAUCAUUAGUAAUAAAAUUGUCGGUGACUCACUGUUUCCCCUCCUCAGACCCAGGUACGUGGGAUGUGGUUUGCGUUUGCUGGACGGAUGUGUUUAUGCUUCUGGCCACUCUGGUGAAGAGAGACAGCUCGGCAGUUCACCCAUCUGUCUCUGCUGCGCUGGGCAGACGCUGGCGGACAUUCACAGGAACGUUGUCGCAGUGUCUGAAUGAGAAAAAUGCAGGUGUCCUGCUCCACACUGUGGCUCUGCAGUUCCUCUCCACAGUUUUCACAGAGGAGACUGAGUUGCGCGGCACAGAGCUCAGAAGCUCAACAUCUAAGCACAGCAGCACCUUGUCAAAUGUCUUAAACGGUCCUGCUGCCAGCGAGCUCUGUGAAUUGUUAUUGCAGAGCUUUGAGAAAAGGACCCUUCAAGACCCUUUGAAGAGGCUCACAGCUAGGGCUCUGAUGACGCUUCUAGCCUGCAGUCCCACGGCUCAAAACUACGCUGCCAAAGCCGGUUUAAUUGACAGCAGUGUGGAGCUGCUGAAGCAGAUCCACUCCCACCUCCACCUGAAGUCCAUCCGACCUGGAAAAGCUUCUCACAGCAAAAAGGAAGUGGGCUAUUUAAAAGAAGUCAAGCUGACUGCAGAGAUCCUGCGGAGUGCUCUUUAUUGCAACAAUGAAUGCAAAGUGGCUGCUAUGGAUGCCCGUUUAACGCCAACACUCUAUGCUCUAUGGCCUUGGCUCUUAUUGGACGACCCCACAAUGGAAGCGGUGCUGGAGCUCCUAUGUGUCUACACAGCAAAUUGCCACCCAGCAUGCAGCUCCUUGUGUGGCAGUAGCCUCAGUGGGGCGCCAGGAUCUAAAGGCUCCUCCAACACCUCUCUGAUGAAUUCAGUGAUGAAGCUGACCUCUCUCGCCCCAGACAACAGCCCCAUCCAGAAUCUAUGCUUCUCUCUAGUUACUAACCUGGCUGUGUCACGGGAAUGUAGGUGCGCCCUGCAAAAGAAUAAUUUCCUUCAGAGCUUCCUGUUAGUGCCUUCCCAUAAGGCUGGUGCCAAGGCCACAUCGGUCGGUGGCGGUGGAAACCUCCUGAACCAGUGGCUGAGGCUCCUGGUCAGCCUGUCCUCCACAGAGGAUGGGCAGCAGAGUAUUCUGAAAGUAACCGGAAUCCUGGAACUGCUAGCAGAAUUGGCACCGCACCGACAGCAUGCGCUGCUCACCCUUCACAACCUCUGCUUCAGCCCUGCCAACAAAUCACACAUCAUGGCCAAUGAUAAAGCCAUGAAAGUUUUAUUGUCUUGUUUGAACAGUAAAGAGUUAGAAACCUGCUGUAUAGGAGCUUCUGCACUGUGGGCUUUACUGCACAACAAUCAGAGGGCGAAGGCUGCCCUGAAAUGUCCAUCCGUUCGAUUAAAAAUCCAGGAGGCCCUCUCCAUCUUCAAGCAAGAUGCAGAGAAGAAGCAGGAACCUUUGGGUUCCCACCUGCAGAAGUGCCUGGAUCAUAUUUCACAGUUGCUAAACAGUUGAUCGAAAUAGACUUUUUUGUUUGUGUAGUUUUUCAUCAUGUUUUGUUAUUUAUCAGCUGGCAUUUGGUUAUUAAAGUUAGGUCGACCUUU